GAAAGCCCUUUGUCUCUUCAUUUAUUGCCCUUCUUCACAAAUCACAACCCCCUCCUUUUUUCUCACUCUCUCUGUCUCAGAGUGAAUGCCUCUGUUUUUCUCUGUUUCAACAAAGAGAAUGGCAUUUAUUCAUCUGCACCAAUUCUGAAAAAAAGUUACUCCAAUUCACACACCACAUUACAAAGAAAGAGGAAGAACCAAAAUCAUUUUCUUCUUUCCAUAUAUAGAUUUAGACACCAGAGAGAGAGAGAGAGAGGGGUCUGCACUCUGCAGCAUAAAAGUAGCUUUAAGAAUGGGUGAGUUUGAUUCGCAGCCGAAGUUCAUUAUCCCAGAGAGAAUCCAGGGGGUGAGUUAUGACAUAGCAGGGCAGAUAAAGAUGAUAUGGGAAGUGAUGAAAGCGCCAUUGAUAGUGCCAAUGCUGAAGCUUGGAGUGUACAUAUGCCUUGCAAUGUCGCUGAUGCUGUUCAUGGAGAGACUGUACAUGGGAAUCGUCAUAAUCUUGGUCAAGCUCUUCUGGAAGAAACCAGAGCAGCGUUACAAGUAUGAACCCAUCCAAGAUGAUCUUGAACUUGGAAGCUCCAAUUUCCCUGUGGUUCUCAUCCAGAUUCCAAUGUUCAAUGAGAAAGAGGUAUACAAGGUGUCAAUUGGUGCAGCUUGUAAUCUUUCAUGGCCUGCUGAUCGUCUUGUCAUCCAAGUUCUUGAUGAUUCUACUGACCCUGCAAUCAAGCAAAUGGUGGAGAUGGAAUGCCAGAGAUGGGGAAGUAAAGGCAUAAACAUAACAUACCAAAUAAGAGAGAACAGAACAGGAUACAAAGCAGGUGCACUUAAAGAAGGUUUAAAGCGUAGCUAUGUCAAACACUGUGAAUACGUUGCAAUAUUCGAUGCUGAUUUCAGGCCUGAACCUGAUUUCUUGAGAAGAGCCAUUCCCUUCUUGAUUGGCAAUCCUGACAUGGCUCUUGUUCAAGCUCGUUGGAGAUUUGUGAAUGCGGACGAGUGUUUGUUGACAAGAAUGCAAGAGAUGUCGUUGGAUUACCAUUUCACGGUGGAGCAAGAAGUUGGAUCAGCAACACAUGCUUUCUUUGGUUUCAAUGGGACAGCGGGUGUAUGGAGAAUAGCAGCAAUUAAUGAGGCUGGUGGCUGGAAAGAUAGGACCACUGUGGAAGAUAUGGACCUUGCUGUUCGUGCUAGUCUUAGGGGCUGGAAAUUCUUGUACCUUGGUGACCUUCAGGCCAAAAGUGAGCUUCCAAGUACUUUGAGAGCCUUCAGAUUCCAGCAGCACCGUUGGUCUUGUGGUCCUGCUAAUCUCUUCCGCAAAAUGGUCAUGGAGAUAGUAAGAAACAAGAGAGUGAAGUUUUGGAAGAAAGUGUACGUGAUAUACAGCUUCUUCUUUGUACGUAAGAUCAUAGCUCACAUGGUGACAUUCUUCUUCUACUGUGUGGUGCUUCCCCUGACAAUUCUGGUCCCUGAGGUUCGUGUUCCAAUUUGGGGUGCUGUUUAUAUUCCUUCCAUCAUCACCAUCCUCAAUUCAGUAGGAACACCGAGGUCCAUUCACUUGUUGUUCUAUUGGAUCCUUUUUGAGAAUGUCAUGUCUUUGCACCGAACCAAGGCUACAUUUAUUGGUUUGCUUGAAGCUGGCAGAGCCAAUGAAUGGGUUGUCACUGAAAAACUUGGAGAUUCUGUCAACAACAACAAGAACAAAACAGCAGGAGAUGCUGCUAAGAAGACUAAUGCCAAAUCCCCCAAAAGAACUAGAUCCAAAUUUGUCGAAAGACUUAAUACAUUGGAGCUGGGAUUUGCAGCAUUCCUCUUCAUCUGUGGAUGCUAUGAUUUUGUGCAUGGCAAAAACAAUUACUUCAUAUACCUCUUCCUUCAGACCAUAACAUUCUCCAUUGUAGGAUUUGGCUAUGUUGGCACCAUUGUGUAAAAAAUGUACACUUUUGUGUCCACAUCUCUGUUAGUUACUUAGUUUUGCUCCUUAAAAAGAAUUGCAUAAAGCGAGGGUUGAUUUAAACUUCUAGAGGAAAGUCAUUUUUCACUUUGUAAAAGACAAAUUCUUCCCAUGAUUUCACUGUCAAAGAAGAUCCAGAGAAAUCACAGGGAAAAGUGAUGUGAUUAGUAGAAUUUGCAUUAGAGUGUCUUGAGGAAAGACAACAAGUUUAGUCAAAAAGCUCUUAAAUUAAUAGUCUUAGUAUUAGACAAGAAAUAGAUAGUGUGAUUUUCAUUGCAUAGGUUGUUUUGUGAAAUUUUACAGUUAUUACAUAGUUGAAGAGGGAUCCUCUUUUUUAAAAUUUUCCUUAGUUUGAUUGAGGUUAAUAAUCUAAUAGGGAAAAAAAAAGAGGGGUUGCACUUGUUAUUCUCUAUUUGUCAUUGCUGAUUCCCUAAGAAAUGAAAUUUUAUUGUUAUAUAUGCUAUAA